GCGGAAGGGGCGGUGCUGCUGUUGCGAACCGUGGCGGCUUGUGUGCGGCCGUGGGUUCCGGAGGCGGGCCUUCUUCGGCCCGGAGAGUGGAGAGUGCUCCGGGUAAUCCGGUAGCUACGGAAAGGUGGCUAUCAGCGUUCGGUUACUCUGGGCCGAGCAGCCAGACUUUGGUUAUCUUGCUAUUUUUGAGACAAGGUCUCGCUGUGUAACUCAGGUUAGCUUUGAACGGAGUGUUGCUCCAGCAGGCAUUAAGCACGCGGCGAUGCUACCCAGUUUCCAGAAUGCUAACAUUACAGGCUGGACCAGCCUUAGGAGCUUUUUGUUUUGUUUUACUUUGUUUUGACUGGUGCUCGUGUAGUCCACGCUUGCCUCGCACAUGAUCUUCUGGUCUACACUUCCCAAAAAGAAGAUUAUAAAUGUCAGAGCCAUUUAACUGAUGGUUAGCUGUUGAAUUCUGAUACUUACUGUGCCAGCCUCUUCGCUGGGAAAAAUUCGGGAAAAGCAGAUAGAAGAGGACCUCCACAUUAGCAAUGGCUAUACCAAUAACAGUGCUUGAUUGUGAUCUCUUGCUGUAUGGCCGAGGUCACCGGACCUUGGACCGUUUUAAGCUGGAUGAUGUGACUGACGAAUACUUGAUGUCUAUGUAUGGAUUCCCCCGACAAUUCAUUUACUACUUAGUGGAACUCUUGGGGGCAAGCCUUUCUCGGCCUACUCAGCGAUCUAGGGCUAUUAGCCCUGAGACACAGAUCCUGGCAGCAUUAGGGUUUUAUACCUCAGGGUCCUUCCAGACUCGGAUGGGAGAUGCAAUUGGAAUUAGCCAGGCUUCUAUGAGUCGCUGCGUUGCCAAUGUCACUGAAGCCCUUGUGGAACGGGCCUCACAGUUUAUUCACUUUCCAGUUGAUGAAGCUGCCGUACAGUCUCUAAAGGACGAAUUCUAUGGAUUGGCAGGGAUGCCAGGGGUGAUAGGGGUGGCUGACUGUAUCCACGUAGCAAUCAAGGCACCAAAUGCGGAAGACCUCUCUUACGUCAACCGAAAGGGUCUGCAUUCUCUAAACUGCCUGGUGGUGUGUGACAUCAGAGGGGCACUGAUGACUGUGGAGACCAGCUGGCCAGGUAGCCUCCAGGACUGUGCUGUGCUGCAGCGGUCUUCUUUAACCAGUCAGUUUGAAACUGGGAUGCCCAAAGAUAGCUGGCUUCUUGGUGACAGUUCCUUCUUUCUCCGAUCCUGGCUCUUGACACCACUACCCAUUCCUGAGACUGCAGCGGAGUAUCGCUACAAUAGGGCUCAUUCUGCAACUCACAGUGUGAUUGAGAGGACGUUGCAGACCCUCUGCUGUAGGUUCCGGUGCCUGGACGGAUCCAAAGGGGCGCUGCAGUACUCACCGGAGAAAUGCAGUCACAUCAUCUUAGCUUGCUGUGUCCUUCACAACAUUUCCCUGGACCACGGCAUGGAUGUUUGGUCCUCUCCAGUGCCUGGACCCAUUGACCAGCCCCCUGAGGGGGAGGCCGAGCACAUGGAGUCUCUGGACUUAGAGGCUGACAGGAUCCGGCAGGAGCUGAUACUCACUCAUUUCAGUUAGAAUGAGGGAGAGGGAGGAGGAAGGCUUUCCAGAAUAAACUGACAAUUUCCCCCGUAUUAGCACUGGGCAGGUCAGUCAUCCAGUGGUACUGAAAGUGUGCACUUGUCAUACAUUUUUAAAAUUUCAGGAGGGCAGGUGCAAGGGCAGAUGUGUCAACUAGACCAAAAUCAAGACAGUGUUUCCCUAAUGUUCAGUGAACCCCAGGCUGUGCACUGUUCUUUGGAAAGUUUACUAGUUGCAAGAACAAAAUCACACAAUGAAGGAGAAAACAGCACACAGCCAAAGAGUUUUAUUGUUUCAGUUGUCUGGAGAUCUCAAAGAAAAGUGUUUGUCCUGAUUGAUUUAUUUACUCAUUUAUUGCUAGUUUGUGUGAGACAGUUUUUUAUAUAGCACAGGCUGUCCUGGUACUCACUGUGUAGCCCAGGUUGGCCUGGAGCUUGUAACAGUUCUCCUGCGUCAGCCUCCCAAAUACUGGUCUACGCUAUCCUGCCUGGUGCCCUGGGUCUUUGUUUUUCUUCUUUGCUAUCUACGUAGGCAAAUAGAAAGAAAGAAUGAAUUUAGUUGAGAAAUGAUCGUCUAACAUAAGUUAGUGAGCACUUGCCUAGCAUGUGUGGUGUAUUGAUCCCUAGAACUGAAAGAAAGAAACAGUAAAAAUAAAGAGAAGGGCUGGAGAGAUGGCUCAGUAGUUAAGAGCACUGACUGCUCUUCCACAGCCAUCUGUAAUGGGAUACAGUGCCCUCUUCUGGUGUGUGUGUGAGGACAGCAACAGUGUACAAACACAAAAUAAAUCUUUUAAAAAUAAAAAAAGAGAACUA